CUGACUCUGUUGCCGGUGCGCGCCCUCCGCUGAUUGGUGACACCGCAGGGAAGCCGCGCUUUGAUUGGGCUGCUGUCAGGUGUCGCUGACGGCAGGUUCGGCUGCGCGAGCGCAGGGAGGCGGGAAUCAACAGUAGCCUUCCAUGAGGAACUGCCUUUUCCACUUGCUGCUGGAGUUAAUGGUGUUUCCUGCUGGCAGAAUCGGGGACAUGCCAGCACUAGCGGGAUGAGUGUGUGCUCCGGCGGGGAUGUGGUCACUGCCGGCCAGUGAGGGCGAGAGUGCCACAGCCCACUUCUUCUUGGGAGCUGGAGAUGAGGGCCUGGGCACCCGUGGAAUAGGCAUGAGGACAGAAGAGAGUGACAGCGAGCUCCUUGAGGAUGAGGAGGAUGAAGUGCCUCCUGAACCUCAGAUCAUUGUUGGCAUCUGCGCCAUGACCAAGAAAUCCAAGUCCAAGCCAAUGACCCAAAUCCUAGAACGACUCUGCAGGUUUGACUACCUAACUGUUAUCAUACUGGGAGAAGAUGUGAUCCUCAAUGAACCUGUGGAAAACUGGCCAUCUUGCCACUGCCUCAUCUCUUUCCACUCCAAAGGAUUUCCUCUGGACAAAGCUGUUGCUUACUCCAAGCUUCGAAACCCCUUUCUUAUCAAUGACCUGGCUAUGCAGUAUUACAUCCAGGAUAGGAGGGAGGUUUACCGGAUCCUGCAGGAGGAAGGCAUUGAUCUGCCUCGGUAUGCUGUGCUCAACCGGGACCCUGCCCGGCCUGAGGAAUGCAACCUGAUAGAAGGUGAAGACCAGGUAGAGGUAAAUGGAGCUGUCUUCCCUAAGCCAUUUGUGGAGAAGCCAGUGAGUGCAGAGGACCAUAAUGUUUACAUCUACUAUCCCAGUUCAGCUGGAGGAGGAAGUCAGCGCCUCUUCCGUAAGAUUGGCAGCCGAAGCAGCGUUUACUCUCCUGAGAGCAGUGUCCGAAAGACAGGAUCAUACAUCUAUGAGGAGUUUAUGCCAACAGAUGGCACAGAUGUCAAGGUAUAUACAGUGGGGCCUGAUUAUGCCCAUGCUGAAGCCAGAAAAUCUCCAGCUCUGGAUGGGAAGGUCGAGCGAGACAGUGAAGGGAAAGAGAUUCGAUAUCCAGUCAUGUUGACUGCCAUGGAAAAGCUGGUGGCCAGGAAAGUCUGCGUAGCUUUUAAGCAAACAGUUUGUGGUUUUGACCUUCUUCGUGCCAAUGGUCACUCCUUUGUGUGUGAUGUCAAUGGCUUCAGUUUUGUCAAGAAUUCAAUGAAAUACUAUGAUGACUGUGCCAAGAUUCUUGGGAACACCAUCAUGAGGGAGCUUGCUCCACAGUUCCAGAUCCCAUGGUCCAUCCCCACAGAGGCUGAGGACAUUCCCAUUGUCCCUACCACAUCUGGCACUAUGAUGGAACUUCGUUGUGUCAUUGCAAUUAUCCGUCAUGGGGAUCGUACCCCCAAACAGAAAAUGAAGAUGGAGGUGACACAUCCAAGAUUUUUCAGUCUGUUUGAAAAACAUGGUGGCUACAAGACGGGUAAAUUAAAGCUGAAGCGGCCUGAGCAGCUACAGGAGGUGCUGGAUAUCACAAGGCUGUUACUGGCUGAAUUGGAGAAAGAACCAGGUGGUGAGAUCGAGGAGAAGACUGGGAAACUAGAGCAGCUGAAGUCUGUGCUGGAGAUGUAUGGUCAUUUCUCUGGGAUCAACCGGAAGGUGCAGUUGACCUACUAUCCUCAUGGAGUAAAAGCUACUAAUGAGGGGCAAGACCCACAGCAGGAGGCCCUGGCCCCAUCUCUACUGCUGGUACUGAAGUGGGGGGGAGAACUGACUCCUGAUGGCCGUGUUCAGGCUGAGGAGCUGGGGCGAGCUUUUCGCUGCAUGUACCCUGGAGGACAGGGUGAUUAUGCUGGCUUCCCCGGUUGUGGGCUACUUCGUCUCCAUAGCACUUUCCGCCACGAUCUCAAGAUCUAUGCCUCUGAUGAAGGCCGUGUCCAGAUGACUGCUGCUGCCUUUGCCAAGGGCCUUCUGGCUCUAGAAGGAGAGCUAACACCCAUUUUGGUACAAAUGGUGAAGAGUGCCAACAUGAAUGGGCUCCUAGACAGCGAUGGUGAUUCCUUGAGCAGCUGCCAGCAUCGGGUGAAGGCUCGACUGCACCAUAUUUUGCAGCAGGAUGCACCUUUUGGUCCUGAGGACUACGAUCAGCUGGCUCCUACUGGAAGCACUUCCCUCCUCAACUCCAUGGCUGUCAUCCAGAAUCCUGUGAAGGUCUGUGAUCAGGUAUUUGCCCUGAUUGAAAACCUCACUCACCAGAUCCGGGAACGGAUGCAGGACCCCAAAUCUGUAGACCUGCAACUCUACCACAGUGAGACACUAGAGCUUAUGCUACAGCGUUGGAGCAAACUGGAGCGUGACUUCCGACAGAAGAGUGGGCGCUAUGAUAUCAGUAAGAUCCCUGACAUCUAUGACUGUGUGAAGUAUGAUGUGCAGCACAAUGGGAGUCUGGGACUACAAGGCACAGCAGAGUUGCUCCGUCUCUCUAAGGCAUUGGCUGAUGUGGUCAUUCCCCAGGAAUACGGGAUCAGUCGGGAGGAGAAACUGGAAAUUGCUGUGGGCUUCUGUCUUCCACUGUUGCGGAAGAUACUACUUGACCUGCAGAGAACCCACGAGGAUGAGUCUGUCAACAAGCUGCAUCCCCUGUACUCCCGAGGGGUGCUCUCCCCAGGCCGCCAUGUUCGAACACGUCUCUAUUUCACCAGUGAAAGCCAUGUCCACUCCCUACUCAGUGUCUUCCGUUAUGGGGGUCUUCUUGAUGAGACCCAGGAUGCACAAUGGCAGAGAGCUUUGGCUUAUCUCAGUGCCAUCUCAGAGCUCAACUAUAUGACCCAGAUUGUCAUUAUGCUUUAUGAGGACAACACACGGGAUCCCUUAUCAGAGGAGCGGUUCCAUGUGGAGCUACACUUCAGCCCUGGAGUAAAAGGUGUUGAGGAAGAAGGCAGUGCCCCAACUGGCUGUGGAUUCCGUCCAGCUUCUUCUGAGAAUGAAGAGAUGAAAACAGACCAAGGCAGCAUGGAGAACCUGUGCCCAGGGAAGGCGUCAGAUGAACCAGACCGGGCAUUGCAGACUUCACCCCAGCCCCCUGAGGGCCCUGGGCUUCCAAGGAGAUCACCCCUCAUUCGUAACCGAAAAGCCGGCUCCAUGGAGGUCAUGAACAUGCAGUGCACGGGGAACCUGGACCUGAUCCCCUUGCGGGGACGGCGCCGCAGGAGGUCAGGAGACCUCCCCAGGCCUUCCCCAGCCAUCGGCCUACAGCCCCGGGCUGUGUCCACCACUCACCUGGCAUCCUGCACACAGGUGCUUUCUGAGACUUCAUCUUCGAGGCCUGGUGGCUACCGGCUCUUUUCGUCUGCACGGCCACCAACAGAGAUGAAGCAGAGUGGCCUAGGCUCACAGUGCACAGGGCUGUUCAGCACCACAGUGCUGGGCGGCUCCUCCAGCGCCCCGAAUCUUCAGGACUACGCCCGCAGCCAUGGCAAAAAGCUACCACCUGCCAGUCUGAAGCACCGAGAUGAGCUCUUGUUUGUCCCGGCCGUAAAACGAUUUUCUGUGUCGUUUGCAAAGCAUCCGACUAACGAGCUGCUGGAUGACCAGCACCCUGUGGUCCGGUUGCUGCGCAGUUUUUCCUCUGACUGUCCAGGGGGCCGGCCAGUCUCCUUGGAUGCCACGCUGGCGCAUCACCUGCACCAGUGCUCCUACCACCUGCGCCUCUUCCGGAACUGGCUGCGCUCAGGCCAGGAUGACCCCGAGUGCCUCUACGGAUUUGAAGGGUGUUCCAUGGUGCCUACCAUCUACCCCCUGGAAACACUGCAUAAUGCCCUUUCCCUGCGUCAAGUGAGUGAAUUCCUAAGUAGAGUCUGCCAGCGCCAUACUGAUGCUCAAGCACAGGUAUCUGCAGCCCUCUUUGACUCUAUGCACAGCAACCAAGCCUCAGAUAGCCUAUUUUCCCCACCCCGUACUCUUCAUUCACCCACCCUACAACUCCGGCAGCGCUCCGAGAAGCCCCCUUGGUACAGCAGUGGCCCUUCCAGCACUGUGUCAAGUGCUGGUCCUUCCUCCCCCACUGCAGUGGAUGGUAACUGCCCUUUUGGCUUUAGUGAUCAAUCUUCUGUAAGUUCACACAUGAUUGAAGAACAUCAAAGCCUUGGGAUGCUCCCUAGGAAUGGAGAACAAGAGUUCCCCAUCGAAGGGGUGCAAGAGCCUUUUGAACCAAACCAGUCUUCACAGGAAUCACCUGUGGAAACCAGCCAGCCAUGCCAGGAGGUUGCUGAGGUGAUCAGCCAGCCCUGCCAGGAGGUUCCUGACAUCAGCCAGCCAUGGCAGGAGAGCCAUAACAACGUUGACCAGAUAUGUCAGAAGGUUCCUCAGAUCCACCAGCCAUGCCAAAAGGCGAGCCACUUGUGCCAGAAAAUCUCUGAUGAAGCUUGCCAGCUUUGCCUGGAGAACCCUGAGGUCAGCCAUCCAUCCCAAGAGGUCCCUGUGGAAGUUGGCAGGCUGGCCCAUGGGUUCCCUCGAGGGGUUGGUGACCUAGUCCAGGAAAUCCGUAUGGAAGUUGGCAAUCCAACCCAAGAGACCCCUGAGGAGCUCAGCCAGCCAUGCCAAGAGUUCUUUGCAGAGGUUAGCAGGCUGACCCAAGAGGCUUCUGCAAUCAAUCUGUUGUCUCAGGACAUUCUUGAGGCUGAUAAACCAUCCCAAGAGUUCCCUGGUGAGGGUGAUCUGCAGGUCCAGGAAGUCCCUGAGGUUAAUCGGGAGUCCUGGGUGGCCUCUGAGGUGAUUGACCAGCUGCCUGGAGAGGAUAUUCCCCAAGCCCAGUAUCCAUCUGGUGAUCCAAACCCUCAGAGCCAGUCUUUAGCCCAUGACCAGUACUCACCCCUCCCACCAGCAACAUGUGAUUAAUCAUGUUCUCAUUAAUGGUAUCACACUAUACCAGCUAUUUGAGCUAGCAACUUCUUCUGUUGGCUAACUCGCCUGCCAGUGUAAGACCUUGGAUCUCACCAGAGGUGUCUGAGGAAGCAGCCCUCUUGGCAUGAAGCCAAGAACUGUGCCAGAGCUGGGCUUGAGAAGGAGUCGGUUUGAUGCUCAAAGCAGCCAUUGACUCCUCACUUGACCGUUAGACUGGAAUAGGAUUUCCGUCAAGGGGUGGGCUGAUCUAUCAUUACCCAACCUCCUCUGAGCAUCCCAGGAAAUUCCAGCUUGUUAAAGGAAAUGCCAUUUAACUGCUGAAGACACCAUCCAGGGACAGCAAGUGCAAAAGAGGGCUUCAAGGUCUCCACUUUUCUGGGGAAAUAUUCACAACUUCACAAGGUACCCUUAGACCAUAUGUGCAUUCAGGAGGACUCUUGUGUUUGCUAGCACUCCUCUGGUGGGCCCAGCACGUCUGUCUGAAAUGUCUGGGAAAAAAGAGAGGCCCCUUCCCAACAAACAUCCACUGUGGCCACUAAUCUUUAGAUUGGGCUUAUGGGUGUUUUGUUUAUCAUCCCAAAUUCCCCCUCUGCCCCAGACCUGUCCCAAUAGCUCCAGGGAAUAGUAGGUAUUAGAUUCCUGUGAAAAUUUAAGAAUAACUACUUAAAAUGCUCUGGGGGUUCUUGGCCAAUCUGUGAAGCUGGGCCUCUUUUUGUUGUGGGGCUACUUGGCUUAAAAGAUGAUGUAGUAGAGAAAAUCAGGUUCUAUUUUGAGCAAUCUGCAGAGAUCAAUAUUGUACAGACAUGAGCAAAGAUUAUAUAUAUAUUUCUGUAGUGGUGCCAGGGACAGACUGGCCAAAGACCAAACACUCCAGGGUCCCCAAGAGGUAUUUCCUUUUGUCAUUGUGUCUUUAGGGUCAGGUGUGAUUAUGAAGCUUUUCCCAAAGAUAUGGGGAUGGGAAUGGGUGUGGGUAGGAGGGGUAAUGCAGUCACUGGAGUGGGAUGGCCGGAACAUUAUGAGUGCUCAAUAAAUAUGAAAUAAUAAGA